AUGCCCACCACUCACACCAAGACUGUAUCCAUCAGUGAGCCAGAACCGACCAGACCAGUAACACAACAACAUGCAAGUGAAGCAGAGCUUGAUCGACUUGCGACUGUCGCGAGCACGCUUGCACCCUACCCAGUCGCCGCGCAGAUCUCAUUUGCGCCAGCGGAAGCAUUCAAUGAAGCUGUUCGGAAUAUUUCGAGUGUAUUGACCAACAGCACGACUAAUGUCACUCAUGCCUCGCUCGACGACGAUGCGAACGAAGCACAUGGGACACUGAUGCUCAGUCGCGAGGGUCGAUCGAAAUAUUUAGGGCCGACAGCUGGAAGCGAAUGGCUCAAAGAUCUCGAAUACGAACAAGAGAUCUUCUUGCACGACUGCCUCCAAGAGAUGAAGCAUCGACACUUGUGGAGUCUUACUAUCGUUAUUGUGCCUGGCAGUGAGUUGUUUGCACUCUUCAUUGCCAAUCUGACGUUGUUCAGCCACGAUGUUGCUCCAAAAGAAACAUUUCAGAAGACCUUCGAUCGAGUAUACAGCUCCUCAGAAGGACCAUCACUCUCACCAAGUCUGAACCCGCAAGAAAUAGCACUCGUUUUCAUAGUCUUUGCUCAAGGCACAAUGUACAACAUCGAAAUGCCACACUGUGACGCCUCUGUAGAAGACUGGCUGAAUCUCUCUGAGAAGGCUUUGGUAAAAGGUGAAUUCCUCUCGAACAAUAUGAUCCCUGGACUGCAGACACUGCACCUCAUGUGCCAUCUUCACCUUCAUCUCGAUAAAGGCCGACGCGGUGAUAAUGCAUGGCCACUAUGGGGUCUUGUGAUGCGACUGAUCCAGGCAAUGGGCAUGCAUCGUGAUGGAACAUGCUGGAAUCUUGCUCAUGAUGUCGUCGAGGAAAGACGAAAGGUGUUCUGGGAAUGUAAUGCUGCCGACAUAUUCCAAGCUCACUGCUUUUCAAGACCAGCAGCUAUCAACCCCGAGCAUUGCGACACGGCAUAUCCUUCAGAACAAUUGAACCUUGAGGGUGAGAAAAGCUACUUCAGACUCCGGUUCGAACUAUCCCAACUCUCCUCCGAGAUCCUAAGCUUGUCUAUGAAGAUACGAAGGCCAUCUUAUGCAGAUGUAGUGGACCUCGAUCGCAAAUUGGCCGAAUUUGAGAUGACAAUACCAUUCUCGCUCCGAUGCAGAGCAGCUUUUCUAUCCAUGCCUUCGAGGUAUCCUCGGUCGCAAGCAGCCAUCGAUGCAUCACCUGAACCUUCUCGCAGAUCAAUGAGAUUAUCGUUCCAACAGAUGAAUCUCGCUUUCAACAUAUCUGAAACAUUCAUUAAUCUACAUCGACCCUACUAUGCUAAGGCACUGUACGAAGACAUUGAUGAUCGACUAAAGUCUGUCUACGCGCAAUCAUUCCUCGCAGUGAUCGAACGUUGUACUAUACUCAUCUCAAUCACCACUGAUAUAUUUGCUCGAUUUCCUGCUGUCAGUUUAAGGCAAUGGAAUUUAUGGUUCCACUGCUACAACUCAGCACUUUGUCUAGGCACACUUCUUAUGAGUGAUCCUGCUAACGUGAUGUCUGCUUUUAUCCUUGAGCAGAUCGAUGCCGCUGUGGGUUUAUUCAACUCUCUUAUACAACAUGGAGCAGGCACUCCUCGGUAUAGAAGAAAUCUCGAAUGGCUUCUGAAGCUAAGAGCACGAGGGAAGGCCAAGAUUGCAGCAGUAUCAACGCAGAAGGAUCGUCGUCGUGCUCAAGGUCAGCCUGCUAGUGAGGAAAGAGAGGAAGCUGAAGAUGUUGAAUUGCUUGGCUGGCGAACCAGACUGAUAGAAAGAGCUGGACAAAACCAGAAGAUCAUCCGCACAAUUAGACUGGCGGCAACAACGCCUACUGGCUCAGCUAUCACAAACCUGUCAAAUCCACCGCCGAAUGUCGACGAAGGCUCCCAUUACCCAGAUAUCAGCCUUGACCCUACAAUAGCUGGGAUGCCUCUAGUGACACCUGAUUCGACGAAUGAUCUGCUACAAGAUUUCUGGGAGCCGAUGCUAUUACAGAACGUCUUUGAGCCAAUGCAGCACAACGCGACGUCCUCUGUGAACAAUAGCUAUCCUUGGUGGGAUGACUCUAUCACGCAAGGCAUGAACCAACCACGAUAA